GACUUAAUUGUAUCCCCCUCCCUCCUCUCCUCCUGGCUGCUGCUGCUGACUAAACCCUCCGUCGACGCUCCACUUGCCUUCAGUUCUGGAUACAGCUAAGACAUGGCUUUCUUUCCAAGAGCCUUUUUGCUGCUUUUUCACAUCCUGCUGGUCCGGAGCGUUUUGGGCAAGGUAAAGCUGACUAUGGUCGACAACCUUGAGGUGUACCUGGGUGACUCGGCCUCGAUUCCCUGCCACUACAGCUUCACUGACAUUGAGAAGGAACCCAGUUUCUUCAUGAUCCAGUGGUUUGUGAAAGCGGCAGGAAACGGCACACGAGUGCGCAUCUACUACGCUGACGUGUCUCAGCAAGUGAUUGACAACAACACAGAUUACAGCGGUCGCAUCGAGGUGAAGUUGGAAGAGAAGGAAGCCAUCCUGGUGAUCCGGAAGGUGCAGCUCUCUGACGAGAGGGAGUUCUUCUGCCAGGUUAAUGGACUGGCUGCUGGGACUAAUGAGAGCAGGACCAACCUCCGUGUCUUUCAUCCACCAGAGUCUCCAGUCAUUGAAGGUGCCCUUACUGGAAUAUCUGUGACGAAACAAGGUCUCUCUAAGGUGGCUUCAUGUGAGGUUCGGAAUGGCUUCCCCAAGCCCAACAUCACAUGGUACAAGAAUGAAAAGUAUUUAACACCUGUCCCAGACAAGGCAAAUAUUCUCAUUCUGGUGACACGGGAGUCCAGUGGUUUCUACUCUGUCCAGAGCACGCUGGAUUACAAGGUGGAGAAAGAGGACAAGAAUUCCCUUUUCCUCUGUGAGGUCAGCUUUGCGGUUCCAGGAGCCAUCAGGACCACCAACACCCGUGCCAUCAACAUCACAGUUCAUUACCCCACAACCACAAUGAAGCUGUGGAAGGAGCUGCCCCAGGGCCUGGUCAAAGAGGGGGAUACUGUGAAGCUUGGUUGCCAGGGCGAUGGCAACCCCCCGCCUCACGUCAUUUUCAACAGAGGACAAGAGCCAAAUAAGGUUUUAAACAGCAGUGGAAACAUCUUGACCCUGACAUCAGUUUCGCGUAAGGACAGCGGCGUUUACACGUGCCGACCUUUGGGCGUGGACGAGAGCAGCAAGGUCAAAGGAGAGAUGGAGCUGGCAGUGCACUACUUGGACCCAGCAUUCGUGGUGCCGAAAGACUCUGAGAUGAUGCUCAGAGGGGAGGAGCUGACUGCCACUUGCAACGCUCUGUCCUCCCUCCCAACAUCCACUGUCUGGUACAAGGAUCGGAAAAAGGUGGGACAGGGGCACACUUUGCAUCUGACUGAUGCCUCCUAUCAAACAAGUGGAGAGUACAAAUGUGAGGUGACCGUUCCCUCCCUGCCCGCCCUGCGUACCAGCGGCUCUGUUCACAUCAUCGUCCAAGGCAGCCCUGAGAUGGAAGGAGGAGAGCAGGAGGUGCAGCUGGAGGAAGCUGUGGGCAGGACCGUGAACCUGAGCUGUAAGGCUGUGGGUCAUCCUCGGCCCAGUAUCUCCUGGACCAUUGCUGGCAGCCAGAGCUGGAAGGAGAUUGUGAACCAAGCACAUGAGGACUCCGUAAACAGCGUGGUGUCCAUCGAGGUCACCUCGGACGUCAGCGCCACCUGCAAUGCUUCCAACGACAUGGGCACCGAAGCCAAAAUCUACCACAUCAAAGCCAAUCCCAGGAUCAUGAAAUUUCCCGAGGGCAGGGGGAUCAUCAUCGUGGUGAUCAUUCUGUGUCUGCUGCUGCUGGCCUUCCUCGGCAGCAUUCUCUACUUUCUCCAUAAGAAGAGCAAGCUCCCCUGCAAGUUCACCAAAGAGAAGACCGCCACCGAUGACGUUGAGAAGAAAACCAACGCAAAGCCUGAGACAACCCCCCUCAACAUUCCCAACAGCGAGAAGAAAGGUCCUAACGACCAGUGAAGCUUUGACCUUGUGAUGCGGCAGCCGGCAGGUCACACCAAGCCAACACUCGGUUUUUCCGGAGAAAUUCCCACAGACCCUGCAGAGAGCCGCCGCCCCACAGUCCGGACAUUCCCACCGAGCUUUGUUCUUUGCAGUAUUCCGUAGUUUUACUCACAUUCAUUCAAAAACACACAGACAGACAUGCACAUAUGCUUGUUCAGAUGAGUAUUUUCUUUUUGAAUGUAUGCUUCUCAUCGUCUAGUUUGUUCCUUGGUUUUUCAGUUCCCCUGUUCUGUGUGCAUGGUGGUGUUUUAUUCCCACCAUCAUCCUUUUUUUUUUUACAUGAAAAUGUACAUAUUCUGUAUAUUUUGUUAUUUAAGGUGUUUGUCACUCAGACUUUGGUUUGUGUGUUCAUGGAUCCAGGUGAGGUUUCAGACACGGCAUGUUGUUAGGAUAACGUUCUGAGAGGUUUGGCAGUUUGUUUGUUAGAAUUUGGUUGCGGUAGUUUUAGAAAUUGGUGUUAAAAUGAAACAAAAAAUUGUUUGUUUUUUUUAAAAAGCAAGUAUUUUUCUUUAGAAUCCCCGUUUUACUUUUGAGUGUAUGGUCAUCUGCAGAACUUGAUGCACGAUAUUGACGACAAUAAUCAUUUCUGUGAAACGAGACACACUGGCGGCCUUCUUUUGCAAACUGCUGUCAAGCCGUUGUACUGUAUGUAAAUACAUGUAGCGACCUGCUUAGAGGACACCUCAGACUGUUUCUGAGGAUGGAGAAGUCAGACUUAGAGUUCUGCUGUGCCUGUUUUUUGUUGUUUUCUUUGACAGCUAUCAUACACUGACUUAUUGGUUUCGCUUUGGUUUCAUGUAAGUUGCUGUAAAAGGCUGAUGUCUGCAGAGGCGUCUCGGUGUUUUUGCAUAUUUAACCUGUAAGACACAUUUGUGGGAUUUUGGAUAUCUAUACCUUCAGGAAAAAAGUAGUUUUUUUUACGCUUUUAUUGGAGUCUCAGAGCUGAGCAUCAUUUUUUUCUGAUCUGAAAAUAACAUGUUUUUUUUUGUGUUGCUUUUCAUCCCACUUUAUUGCAAAAAAAAGAUUUCAAAAACAGUUACCAGAAGACAAACACAUGAUUGGGCUUCCAUGUGUAAUGUCUGAGAUGCAAAACAGGAUUAGAACAGUUAAAUUGUGGAUUGCAUUUUAACCUUUAGUUGUUUUGAUUUUUGAAAAUGUGCUGAAAAUUGUUAGUUUUCCUUUUUUUUUUGGUCAAAGUUUGUCUGUCUGUGGAGGGAUUACACAGCUCUGAGUGAAACGUAUUUAAACAGAUGAGGCACAGAUGGGAGAAAAUGUUAAACACAAAGUGAGGACAUGCAGAAACACUGCCGGGCUCCUCUGAAGACCAGUUUUGUGUAUUUUAUUGUGAAAUAAUUUGGUUGUUGAGAAUGCUAUACCGCCUUGGUGGCUCAAGAAGUGGCGACGCAUUUUCUUCUUUCUUUUAAUUCUCCUUUCUGAACGUCAGCACAUCCUCAGGCAAGAGCUGCUCCUUCCAGCGGGAUUGAAAGCUGCAGGAAGUCAUACACAAACAUUUCUGAUUGGAUCCACGAAUCUGCGGUUCCUCUGUUUGGUUCAAACUACACCCUUAGGUUGAUGUUCUAGAUUUUUUCAUGGUUGUGAAAACUUUUGCUUUUUAAAAAACAAUUCCUUUUUCUGUGUGUAAAAUACUUACUGUACAUGUGAUCCCCUUAUGCUUGCUUUUUUAUUUUAUGUUUUGCAAAAAAAAAAAGCCAAAUAAAAGUUUCAUGAAAAGGAA